ACUGUACACCUAAAAAUGGUUGAGGUGGUAACUGUGUAUAUUUUACCACAAUUUAAAAAUCUAUUUAAAAAAUACUAAAUAAAAAAAUAGAUGAGUUUUGUGACCAGAUUAGUUUGGUUUCUGUGAUUUGUGUCUCCACAUGUCUCUGAGCUGACAAAGGCCUUUGGAAUUCCUGGGGAAUAUAGAGUACACCGGUCUUCUCUAUUACAUUAGCGACUAACAACAGUGGGGCUAGAGUUUAAGCAAGGAUCUUACUAGUCUUCACUUGCCUAGACUUUCUUUCUGGGCCAAUUUUUAUAUUAUAUAAAUAAUAUUUUAAAUGAUGUACAUGUGGUCAUUCAAGGUCCACCCACUGGCUCCUGUGACUGCUCUCCUUGCAAAUGAUAGGUCAGUUUUAAAGAAGUAAAGUCUACCAAUGUAGUAAGACAACACUUUUAACUCAACAAUGUACCAUUUUAUUUUUAGGUCUUGAGAAGGAAUGGCAAAAUGAUCCUGCUGCAGUGCUAGGAGAGAAUGAUGAACUGAACUGACCCUCUCUUCUUCACAUCUUGUAACAUGUGUCCGACCAACCACCACAGAGCAUUUCGGAUAUAGGACUCUGCUGUGGAUCACAAAAUGUGGCCGGUGAAUGGGUCUUUGGACGCCAUUUGGCCUAAAUCUUGACCCAUCUCCAUUUUCCCGAAAAGAGACUUGGGGUUCGAGGCCGAGGGGGAUUUGCCCAAGGUCACGCAGGGGGUAGACUGAUUUCUGUGUUCCUGCAGCCCAGAGAACAAGCUAUCUUGUGCUACCCGAGGCUUCACGAUGGGUUGCCUGGCUGGCGCGUGGCCAGACUUCCAGUCUCCUGUGUUGAUGGCGGUUGUUACGGCAGUGGCACAUUGUUUCCCCGCCUCAUCUUGGUGACGUUAUGGGACCAGCGUCCAAUGGGAAAGCAGCUCCGCGUCAAGCACCGCCUUUCCCGACGGGCACUGCCUUAGCGACUGGGAGACAAGCGUCGAGUGCUGGACCGGCUGGCUCGGGUCGCGGCCGCGGCGUUACAUCGUUUUCCAAUCUGUCCGCAAACGCCGCCGCCCGAGACAGAGCCAGGAUGUUCGGGAUGCUGAGCAGCAGCUUUGAGGAUGAUCCCUUCUUCUCUGAGUCUUUUAUGGCACACCAAGAAAGCAUGCGACAGAUGAUGAGAAAUCUUUCUGAACCUUUUGGAAGAGACCUGUUCAGCAUCUCUGAUGGCAGAGGAAGAGCUCGUAACCAUACGGGACAUGAGGAUGGAGAAAAUUCCUUGACUCGUACAGAUGUCAACCCUUUUCAGGCAAUGGACCGAAUGAUGUUAAAUAUGCGAAACAGCAUGCAGGAAUUACAAAGAAACUUUGGUCACCUUUCAACGGAUCCAAAUGGACAUUCGUUUAGUUCUUCCUCAGUUAUGACUUAUUCCAAAGUAGGAGAUGAACCACCAAAGGUUUUCCAGGCCUCAACUCAAACCCGCAGGGCUCCAGGAGGAGUAAAGGAAACUAGGAGAGCACUGAGAGAUUCUGAGAGUGGACUAGAAAAAAUGGCUGUUGGUCAUCACCUCCGUGACCGAGCUCAUGUCAUUAAAAAGUCAAAGAACAAGAAGACUGGAGAUGAAGAGGUCAAUCAAGAGUUCAUCAAUAUGAAUGAAAGUGAUGCUCAUGCUUUUGAUGAUGAGUGGCAAAAUGAGGUUCUGAAGUACCAACCAAGGGGACAAUGGCACAAUCUAGAAAACUCUAGGAUGCGAAGCGUUGGUCAUGAGAAUUCAGGAUCCCGAGAACUUAAAAGAAGGGAGAAACUGCAUCAAAGUCCAGCCAUUGAACGUGGAAGAAGAUCAAAUGUUUAUGUGGACAAACUCAACAUCAAAGGAUCACCUGUGAAAAUCAACAAAAAAUAAAUAGCAUUGCACUUGAUUUGCUUAGUUUUGGUUGUUUGAACAGAGAAAGUAAUGGUGCUGAGUAAUACACCUAAGACCAAUUGCUUGUUAUUAAAUCAACACUGUGUUCUUAGCAACUUUCUUCUGGAUUUCCUUGGAAGUGCUAGCUUUAUGUUGUCCCUACUUUAGGAAUAAAACUUUAAUGUUCAAUAGUG